AGGGAUGCUGCAAUUCCCCUCCUCGCUCCUCAAGUCGUACGUGCUCAUUCGGCCGACCACCGGAGUUCUAUCCGCUUUAGCCCGGGCGACGUGAGAGACGAUCAUUCCGUGAUGAGGAACAUGCGCAAGAGGCCGGCAACCUGACGAGUGUGUCCCGGGGACUCAAGGAUCGAGAAUGACAAAGUGAUCGAACAUGCGGGAGGGACGACUGUUCGGGACGACUAGUGCAACCCGGACACAGAGUCAGGGCCAGCACGUUGCCGGAGCCCUCUCCUGUCCCCUUCGAGACGACCAAAUAAAGGCUGUCAGCACCCGCGCCAAUGUUUCUCCAUCAGUGCGGCCGUGGUCAAGCAUACAGUAUUAUCCGACAAUCUAUCGGAUUCGCGACAGGCGAGUGAUGGAUAGGCGGCCGCGGCGAGCGAGUGAAGCCACAACCUUUCAAUUGCCGUGCUUUGUACGAUCAAAGACCGCCCCGCGGCCAAUGGUACGGAGCCUGACGCAUUCGGUGAAGGCGAUGUAUGUAAUAGUGCCCUUCUAGUGCAAUGAAAGACAGUACGAUGAUCGGGGCCACGACCUCGUAUCGGAGACGGCAGAUGAUUCACCAUGAGCGGCUAUUGGCCGAUCAGACCGGCUAUUGAACAAUGUCAGAUAUUAUUGAUGCA